UUCAACUUUUUCAAGAAUUACAUCUAUAGACAUUCAGAAUCAUUCAAAAACAUUUUGAUGUGGAACAUUAAUAGCAAUACAUCAUUUUAGAGUAAAAAAUGCCUAAAUUAUCUCUGUUAUCACAAGACAAUAUCCACUGAAUAUUAUUUUGGGCCGCAUAGCUUUAAUUCACAUCCUAAAUUAAUUUUAGCAUUAGUCCUAAUUUAGGAAGACAAGGAACUAGGUUAUUCUCCUCCUCAUUGUAUGGAUGUUAGCAACAUUGUUUAUACUAACAGAAUAGAACAGCAAAAUAAAUUAUAAAUCUAAAUAUUUAAAAAGUGAAGACUACAUAAAACAAAAUUCCAGAAGGUCAAGGGCUCAGGAACAGAGGUAGAAAGAGUAUGGAAUGCAAGAAACAAAAUAUACACUGACAAAACAUAUGGUGCAUUUACAAAAAUUAGUCAAACAUUUUUAAACAGGUUAGUAUUUCCUUAAAUUUAAUUUAUGUUGUCAAACUGCAUAACUGUGCAUGUACUGAACAUGGUAAUAGGAUCUGGAAAAAUCACUUUUUAGAUUAUGAACUAAAUUGGGUUUUUACCCCCUCAUAAUAAACAAUAUGAACAUUCUAUGAGCAUUCUAAUUCAGAUUAUCAUUAUAUUUAUGUGGUGUCUACUUAUCCUGAAUAUAAUUUAUUCAGAUAUAAAGAUCUAAAUGCUGACCUGCAUAUAAACAUACUGGUUGAGUAUGGUUCACAGAAAAGAUGCAGCAGUUUUGUAUCAGAGGUAGUCUUAGAACAAAGAACCUCAGAGACAGGAUAUAUAACAAGACAUACUCAAACAAUUUGCUAGAGGCUUUUAAAGUAGUAUACAUUUCAUCUAAUUUUCCACCAGUGUUUUGUCAUGUGGUACACAUCGUACAAUCAACAAAAGUAGAGAGAAAUGGUAAAAAUAAAACAUAUAUGCCUAACAUAUUCCAGAAUUAUGCACAAUUCAUUUGUAAAUGUAGCCUUUUUACAAAAGAAUCCUUAAAUAAAACAGAAAAAAAAUCACUCCCAUAUAUAUGAAGCACAGUUUAAGCCAAACAUCACUGACCAAUCAAAAUUAGUGAAUGCACUGCAUCUCUCUGCAGUGAAGAGAAGCGACAAGGUAGGCUGUCAUUCUGCAAAAGCUGUCCAUAGUAAGCUUUCCUCUGAGAAGUAUUGCUGUUCCUUUUUAGAAAGGCUGAAUCUAAAUGUUGUCUCUGGAGACAAGAAGCCUUCAGUAUGUUAAAUUACUUUCAUUAUGUAUUUUCAGAUGCUUAUUGAUUCUACAAUAGGACGAGUGGGAGACUGCAGCAGCCUCUAAAGCAGCACUACAUGUUGUAUACAUUAGCAGUAUGCUGAAACAAUGGCACAACACAGGCACAAAUUUUCAUUAAGGUCAUUUUUUGAAGAGAUGCUUAUGACACUCUUUCCCCUGUACUCUGCUAACAAGUGAACAAAAUGAAUCCCUCAAAACUGGAACUGCUUCAUCUGCAUCGAGAACUGAUCAAAUCCUUAGUGGAGGGCAUGCCGCAUCUAAUUCAGUUUUACUACUGACAAUAUGAAGAAUGCAAUUGACUGGGCAUCUUUCUAGCUGUCUGAUCUACAAGCUACAGGAUGUACUUAUAAUAUAAACUCUUAAGAAAUAAAGGAAUUAGAAUAAAACCAUGGAACAGGUUCUAUUUCUACGUAAGUGUUUAACACUUCAACAAUAUACAUAGAAGAUUAGUACAUCUGCUCAUAUUUUCAUGAAAAGAAGAUUAAUAUAAUGGUUUAUUCCUAAAACAAAAUGGUGAGCAUUUCUUAAAAAGGGAUUUAUAAUUUAAAACCAGAUUUACGGAAACUACUGAUUCAAGAAGAAACAAUGAAACAUGAAUUCCCAAAAGGAGAAUGUGCAUACUUCAUCAGCAAGCUAAACAAGGCUUUAAUCAAGCUUUUUCUACACUACAUAUUAAGUCACUUCUUUGUCAUAAUGACUAAUGGAUAUUUUUUCUCUUAAUUUUAUGACCUUUUAUGUAUUCUCCUUUAAUGAAAAUAAACCAAAUUAAGCAGUCCAUAGUUUCCAUCAAAGCACAUGAACUGGAUUUUACAAUGUAAAACAACUUAUGUGACAAAGCCAUCACUCUAAAGUAAUGAGAAGUAUUAUAAAACCAAAUGUGCAAUUGUAACUAAAGGAUGCCUAAAUAUAUUUUUGAAGCCAGAAACUGGAUGUCUCUGUUUUUAUUUUCAUUUAUCCUGGAAAAUAAAAAUAUGCUGCCAUGAGAUGCAAAGGGGGAAUUUAAUGUCACUUAAAAGAAGUUUUGUUUUUAUUGGUGGCUUUAGAAAGCAGAACAAACAAUAUGCACUGGUCUCUAGAAAUAUUUCAGGAAAUUAAGUCCUUUUGUUCAAUCACAAAAUUGUGCUCCUGAAGUGUGGGAACAAAAAAAAAAAAAAAAAAAGGAAACAUUCUGCAAGGGAUGAAAUAGAGCACAGCUACAACUCAGCUGCCAGGUGAAAUGCAUGUCAAAAUUCUGUCAGUGACACCAUGUAUCAAUUUAUGACAAGCUGCUACAGUGAGCUGAAAGGCCCUUGAGGCAACAGAAAACAGGACAAAAACAACUGCAACAAAAGAAUGUGCUUCUCUCCCAUUCCGGAAGUCAACAUGCAGUCUGAAUCUAACAUUACAGUUCGAGAUGCAAUUGAUGACAUCAACACCAAUAUGUACCGAGCACUGUCAUAUCCAUUAAGCUUUCAAGUUUCUCUCACUGGAUUUCUGAUGUUAGAAAUUGUGUUGGGACUUGGCAGCAACCUCACCGUGUUGGUACUUUACUGCAUGAAAUCCAACUUAAUCAAUUCUGUCAGUAACAUUAUUACAAUGAACCUUCAUGUACUUGAUGUAAUAAUUUGUGUGGGAUGUAUUCCUCUAACUAUAGUUAUUCUUCUGCUUUCACUGGAGAGUAACAGUGCUCUAAUUUGCUGCUUCCAUGAGGCUUGUGUUUCUUUUGCAAGUGUUGCGACCGCAAUCAACGUUUUUGCUAUCACUUUGGACCGAUAUGAUAUCUCUGUAAAACCUGCAAAUCGAAUUCUGACAUUGGGAAGGGCUGUGAUGUUAAUGACAUCAAUAUGGAUUGUCUCUCUUUUCUCCUUCCUGAUUCCCUUCAUUGAAGUCAAUUUUUUCAGUCUUCAAAGUGCAAGUACUUGGGAAAAUAAAACUCUUUUGUGUGUCAGUGUAAAUGAAUACCACACUGAACUGGGAAUGUACUACCAUCUCCUAGUACAAAUUCCAAUAUUUUUCUUCACCGUUCUAGUAAUGCUAAUUACAUAUACCAAAAUACUCCAGGCUCUUAAUAUUCGAAUAGGCACAAGAUUUACAACAGGGCAAAAGAAAAAAGCCAGAAAGAAAAAGACUAUUUCUUUGACCACACAACACGAGACUACUGAUGUGUCACAAAGCAGUGGUGGGAGAAAUGUAGUCUUUGGCGUAAGGACUUCAGUUUCAGUAAUAAUUGCCCUACGGCGAGCUGUAAAACGACAUCGUGAACGACGGGAAAGACAAAAGAGAGUCUUCAGAAUGUCCCUGUUGAUUAUUUCAACAUUUCUUCUCUGUUGGACACCCAUUUCUGUUUUAAACACUACAAUUUUAUGUCUGGGCCCAAGUGACCUUUUGGUAAAGCUGAGAUUAUGUUUUCUAGUUAUGGCAUACGGAACAACUAUAUUUCACCCUCUACUUUAUGCAUUCACUAGGCAAAAAUUUCAGAAGGUCCUGAAAAGUAAAAUGAAAAAACGAGUCGUUUCAAUAGUGGAAGCAGAUCCCAUGCCGAAUAAUGCUGUAAUACAUAACUCAUGGAUAGAACCUAAAAGGAACAAACAGAUUACUUUUGAAGACAAUGAAGUAAGGCAGAAAUGUUUAGUACCUCAGGUUGUCACUGACUAGAUUUCAGUAAAGUAUUCACCAAAUCAUCCAAGAGGAAAUAUAUGAACAAACUGUAGAAAAUACUGCCAAAUAAGGGAAACUUUUUAAAUAUUGGCUAGACUGUAAAUUUUCUAUAUAUAUAUAUAUAUAUAUAUUAUAUAGAUUAGGUCUUGUAUAUUCAAUUUCUUCAUUACUUAAUAUACAUGUUGCAUGGCAGUUUGUUAGCGUAAUAUCGUGUAUAUUUGUCAAAAAGAUAUUAAUGUAAGUCAUAUUUUCUAAAAAAUAAAUAGCCUUAAAGCAGUGUACACUUUUAAAAACAAACAUUUGUAUGCCUGAUUCUCUGUAAAUAUAAAAAUAUUUUUAAAUAAGCCUUCCACUCCAGAAAUACUUCAUUUUCCAACAACAUGCGAGAUUAACAACUUGCACGAUAUAAUAUUUUAAUUCUUAUCUGUGGCCUCUGUUCUUCAGAAAUAAUCUGCAGCUUUGUGAAAUCUGGAGAUUUUGACUCCACGUUCAGAUGACCUAUUCAUCUAGCCUGUAAUGGCUCAGUGUGCACAACUGAAGCACAUCCCUCAAUUAACAAGGACUAAAACUAUUACAUUUUGGCAGUGGAAGCAAUAUUUUAAAGUUGAAGUUAGUCCAGAAAUGGAAGAAUAAUUUUUAAUGCAAAAAAGUUCUUAUGUAUACAAAAAUUGUUUUUCUUUGUUUCCAUACAAUAAUCUACACAUCUUUGAAUAAUCCCAUUCCCACCUCUUCUUCCACUGAAGGAAAGAAGAUUAAUUCAGGGCCCUGGAAGUAAAAUGCAGUGAAAUGGAGAAAAUCCUAUGUUCCAAGGUUGCCCAAUAAAUAAAUAAAUCAAAAACAGUUUAUACAGAAUUUGUUAGUCUGUUAGCGUUAAAGAUUGAUGUGAUUUAUUAGCUGGCCCUCCAAAAUGUGAGGAUCUCCAGGGGAGUCGCUACAUAUACAGUCAAAUGUCUCAAUUAAGCAGGAUAGCAUACUUUUCUCCUCCCUAAGUUUUCUAGUAUCCUGUCUCUAGCAUCCAGCACUAUCCAGUCCUGAUCACACAGUCAUCUUGCCACACAUCUAUCUAAGACAGCUGUGGUAAUAUUCCUGGAUCUACUUUUACUGUCAUUAUGCACUUGUACAGUUCCAUUUCUUCUCCCUCCCUUUUCUCCGUCAUCUUCAAUCAUCUCUUCAACUAAAAUCCACAUUUAAGAACCAAGAAACUGAUAGAAGAUUUCAUCAUAUCUGGCACCAAAUGCAAAAGUUAGGUAUCGUGCUAAUCAGAUUGGUAUAGUUGAAGGCUAUUUGCUAUCCAAGCUCUGAAGCCAGAAAUUUGGAAGGAAUAGCGCCCACAUGCAUCCCCUUGAUUUGAUAAUGUUCCAGCAGUUAACUUCAAAUGUAUUAAGGAAAAGAAAAAUCUAUUUUACUUUUAUUGUAGUAUAAUCACCUCUAACUGUGUAUGAAUUGCUGCCAUUAACAUAAGAAUAACUCCUAAUAAUUAGUGUUAAUGCAAGUUCCAUGCAUAAAAAGCAGAAUAUCCCCUCAACAUGAGAUUUUCUCUCUUGCAAUAUUGCGUAUUUUCUUUUACCUAAAACUAACAUGAACCUGGAUGUAUUCAGAUGUACAGAGUAAUAUAAAAAUCACUAAAAAUCUCACUUUAAAGAAAUCCAAGGCUAUUUUCUCUCUAAUUCAUAUCCUAUACUUGCGUUGAGAGAGCUUAACUUCUUUUAGCAAAGUCCUGAUGCACUCAGCCCAAGAACCAGCAUGGAGACUGUUAGAAAUCCAUCCUCUUACUCCUUAAAGAUCAACCACUUACAACAGAUAGAACUUUCUCUAGGGAGGUUCUUUACAUAAACUUUUCACAUUUGUUUGAAUAAUAUUCGAGCAGCUUUGGUAUAAAAGCCAGCACAUUACCACUCACUGUACUGGGCUGCACCCACUUAGAGGCCAAGUUUCAUCCAAACUCAUUACUUACCUGUCACCUAGAAUGCUAAGUAAAAAUCUACUUCUUAUCCAAAACCAAAUACAAUAGCUCAGAUUUUAUGUACACCUAUAGAGAGACACAAAAAGUUGUACGAAUAUUUUAAAAUGUCUCUUUUUCAUUUUCUGGAAGAAAACUAUCAUUUUAAAGUCACAAUGUUCCUUUUUUUUGCAGAUUACAUCUUUCCACUCCUGCUACAUCUAGCUAUCUUGUACGCUCAAAUAUAUGAAAGGGAGAGAACGGGACACUAUUAAAAUGUUAAUAUCACAACACGGUUUUUUACACUCAAAUACGAUAUUUUUAAAUAAAGACGUAAUGUGUAUUUUAAAAACUUGCAAUCAUCUGAAUAUGUAAAUAAGCCUGUAAUACCCCACGGACAUAUGGCGGAAUUAAAACAGUUGUAAGAAAAGUU